AUGUCGACCACGUCGACGACCACAAGCACAUCUAACACGCUCGGUGAACAAACGGGUCGCGCCUCGUUGCUCGAGAUCCAGGAUCAUGCUCGCUUGAUCGAUCAUCAUGCCGCGCACACUUCAAGCAGCAGCACUGCCGGCACGUACAACAGCUCGUCAGCACCACGCGCACCUGCCGCGGGGAUCUGGACUCCUCCAGCUCCCGCCCACGGUGUCCCUGGAGGAGGACUUGGCGCCGAGUGGACGAAUCCAGCCAACUGGCCUGAGCAGCGCGGAACUCCUUCUUACAGACCCAUCGACACGAGUUUGGACUUCACACGACGACCUUGGGCCAACACCAUCCCUGAGACCAUCUUCACAGUUACGAUGAUCGGUCUCGGUGUGCAGGCCAUCGGACUGGCCAACACCUUCUUCAGCGGCACCACAUCCCUUCUACUUCCGUUUCAUCCAUCCAUAGACUCAUCCAAAAUGGCUGUCGGCGUUGCUUCCAAAUUGCUUGAUGCGCCCUUUUCCCACGUGAUCAACGGCAAGACCGUUGACACAAACGGCUUCAAGACGCUCGACGUCAUCGAUCCCGCCACCGAAAAGACGAUCGCACAGGUUCCCAUCGCCACCAAGGAGACCGUGGAUCAGGCUGUAGAUGCUGCUCAGGCCGCUUUUCCUGCUUGGUCCAAGACCACCUGGGACGAGCGAGCCAAACUGCUCCAGCAGUACGGCGAGGAGUACAAGUCCAUGAUCCCCGAGCUCGUCAAGCUUCUGACCGCGGAGCAGGGCAAGUCCACCCAAUUUGCUCAACACGAAUGUGAAAGCAUCCUUCCUUGGUUCACCGAGCUCGCAAAGGUUCGCCUCGACGAGAAGGUGGUUCACGAAGAUGACACCCACAAGGCCAUCGAGCGAUACGUUCCCUUGGGAGUGUGCGCCGGCAUCGUCCCUUGGAACUUCCCUAUCCUCCUCAUGCUCUGGAAGGUGACCCAGGCUAUUGUCACCGGCAAUUGCAUCAUCAUCAAGCCCUCGCCUUUCACCCCCCUCUGCGACAUUCGCAUCAUCGAGGCUGCCCAGAAGUUCUUCCCUGCUGGUGUGGUUCAGAUCGUGGUCGGUGACGAUAACCUCGGUCCUUGGAUCACCGAACACCCGCGCAUCCAGAAGAUUUCGUUCACAGGCAGCACGGUAACCGGUCGUCUCGUAGCAAAGAGCUGCUCCGCCACCCUCAAGCGCUUCACUCUCGAGCUGGGUGGAAACGAUCCCUGUGUCGUUCUCAAGGACCAGAAGGACAUGGCCACCACCGCCCAGAAUGUUCUGCUCAGCGCCUUCUUCAACAGUGGUCAGGUCUGCAUUGCUGCAAAGCGUGUCUACGUCCACGAAGACAUCUACGAUGAAUUCAAGGCAACGCUCGCCGAGGUUGUCAAGCACUUCAAGGUUGGACCAGGUACCGAAGAGGGCGUCAUGUUUGGUCCCAUCAACAACAAGAUGCAGUACAACAAGGUCGGAGAGUUCUUCGAGGAGGCCAAGAAGCAGAACUUCAACAUCCUCUCUGGCGGCGACGUCGAGAAGAAGGCCGGAUACUUCUAUCCGCUCACCAUUGUCGACAACCCGCCCGAGGACAGCCGACUGGUUCAAGAGGAGCCCUUCGGUCCCAUUGUGCCUCUGCUCAAGUGGAAGGACGAGGCAGACCUCGUGAAGCGCAUCAACGAGUCUCAGUGGGGACUUGGAGCCACCGUCUGGUCGUCCGACAUUGAGGGUGCCGAACGCAUCGGACGACAGAUCGAGAGCGGUACGAUUUGGAUCAACUGUCUCGUUCAACACCACCCCGCCGUGCCAUUUGGCGGUAUGAAGAGCUCUGGUAUCGGCGCUGAGCACGGCAAGAACGGUCUGAGCGCUUACUGCCAGGUCCAAGCUCUCUGGGUCCCCAAAGCUUGA